AUGGCCCCGCUCUUCUGCUGCACAAGCAUCACGCCGUACCGGCCCAAGACGCUGACCCACGAGCGCCUCUUCAAAGAGUUCAUGUCGUGGGCCUCGCCCAACCCCGACAUCGACCUCGACACCUCGCCCGCGCUCGACUCCGCGCCGUUCGCGGUCCAGCUCGCGCGGCAGGUCAACUACGGCCCGCUCGAGAGCAGGCGGUAUUUCACGCCCGGGGACGCCGGGUUUGUCGAGGUCGGCGAGAAAGCGCUCGUGGACGCCAACUUUAAGAAACUCAACUCGUGCGUCAACAACUUUCGCUGUGGCGCGCACAACCGCUUCUUCGAGGUGAAUGUGUAUCAGCUCGACCCGGUCAACACGCAUCACUGGCGUUCCGACGUCGCGUGGCCCGGGACUGAGAUUGAUUUGUAG